UUCAAUAUGAACGAAACAGAUGGUGAAAUUGAUCAAUUCGAUGAAAGCCAAUGCGAAUUAGUAAAAUAUGUAAUUUUACAAAAAGAAAAACUAGAUGGAGAUAUACAAUUUACAUCUAUUGAGUUGCAUACAACAGUUGGGAUUCCAUUGGUUCUUCAGGGCCAAUCAAUCACAAGGUCAAAGGCCAGUCCUUAUAGGUAUAGAGUCUACACUCACCAAGGCACCGUGUCUGAUACAAAGGAUGAGAAUUCAGGAAUCAAGAAGAGUUAUUUAGCAAAAACUGGUCCAGAGGCUUUGAAGAUCUUCCAAGAGCAACAUGAUAUAUGGACAUCUAAAUCUCAUAACAUGACAAAAACUAAAGUAAUGCUUUCGCGAUGGCUGGGAUCCAAUGUUCUCACGAAGCGCCUACUUGAGUCUCAAGCAUCCAAAGGAGAAGUUUCUUCUGAAGUAGCCCACCUUGCUGAUAAUCUAUGGAAGGAAUCGAUGGGAGAACUUUCUCAAGUUCUUACAGUUCCUGUGAAAUCUAUUCCUAUAGGGAAGGUCGAGAAAGCCGAGUCUGUUCUUUUACAGAUCAAGCGCGCCCUCCUCGACAAGGAAAGCAAGGAUGAAUCUGUCAUCCAUGGACUGAGUGAGCAGUUUCAUGAACUAAUACCACACAAGGCUGAGUGCAGAAAUGAUCUUACUAAUAUGAAAAUGGUUGCCAUCAAACAGGACCUCUGCCAGCUAAUCCAAGACGUGAUUAAUGUGAAUGAAGCACUGGGAUGGAAGAAGCAACCCUCAUCUAAGUCUAAGUACCGGGCAAUGAGGUGUUACAUUGAGAGCUUAGAUACAGAUCAUCCUGAAUACAAGAAGGCUGAAGAACUCGUCAUGAGCAGCUCACAACCAAUCGAUCACAUGGUUUCGAUUCAACGAAUCUUUGCAAUCAAUCGAGCCCUCGAUGAAUUCAAAUUCAAUCGAACGAUUGGGAAUGAAAGACUGCUCUUCCAUGCAUCGAAAGCUUGCAACUUCCUCGGAAUCCUCUCACGUGGUAUUCUGCUACCAAAGAUCGUGGUCGAGAUGUUUGGUAUCGAUCGUUGGGAUGCAGGGAUGCUUGGGAGUGGAAUCUAUUUCGGAGAUUGUAUGAGUACUUGUUCAAAGUACUCCACACCUGGUAAGUUUACAGGAACACGCUUCUUAGCAAUCAACAACGUAGCCCUUGGGAAAAUGAAGGAUAUCUAUGAGAAGAGGACAGAUAUUGAGUGUGCACCUGAAGGAUUUGAAAGCGUUCAUGGUGUUAGGAAGACUGAGCAAAAUGAAUCCUUCUUUGUGGACGAUGAGUAUGUGGUUUACCAAGCCAACCGACACUGUCUUCGCUACCUCGUUGAGUUCAAGUUGAUAGAAAGAAAUUCAGAUGAUACAGACAAUCAGUCUGCUUCAGCAUCCCAAGUCUCAAUCAGUGAUGACAGUAGCGGUGAUGAUACGGACUCUGAUGAUAACAAUGAUGACGAAAUAGACAUCCUUGAUGUGCAAGGAAUGGUGUAUCCUGAAGCCAAGGUCAAGGCAGGUCUUAAUACAACAGGUGAAGGUCAAGUUGAAUUAGAAGCUGUUCAUGUCAGGGCAUCAAUCAUUGACCUGGCAGCAGAGGUAAUUGUUCUGCAGAAGUACCGAAACAUUGGUGAGCAGACUGCGGAAACCCGUUACGUCUUUCCUCUUGAUGAGCGAGCAGCUGUUUGUGGAUUCGAUGCCUAUAUCAAUGGCAAACACGUCAUCGGGAUAGUAGAGGAGAAAGAACAAGCGCGGAAGUCAUAUGACAAAGCUAAAGAACAAGGACAUGGGGCUUACCUCAUGGAAGAAGAGGCAGCGAAUGUCUUUGCAAUCACCGUUGGGAAUCUACCUCCUGGCUCAUGCGUUGUCAUCUCGGUUCGAUACGUUACUGAGCUGGUAGUCGAGGGUGACCGUAUUGCAUUCAAUCUACUUGGAAGUGUAGCGCCAUGGAAGAAGAAAGAAAUUCUGAUGGGCUCUGUUGAUGAAAAGGGUGACGCAGUAGAUGGCGUCGUCGAAAACAAGCAAAAUAGGAGUGAAUCUUUCAUGGCCAAGGUUGAAAUGCCCUCUAGGAUUAGAAGCAUCCACUGUCCUACUCACUCAAUUAAGGUUCAGAAAAAGGAUGAGAAACUUCUCGAGAUAGCUAUGUGUGAUGGUGAUAAACUGGUGGAUGGUCUGCAGCUAUUGGUUGAGAUGGAUAACGCACAUAAACCACGAAUUUGGCGGGAAACACUUCCUGAUGAUCAUAGCAGACAGGCGUGCAUGGUGGUAUUUUAUCCGGAGUUUCCUGUGACAACUAUAGAGAACCCUGAAGUAGUCAUCAUGUUAGAUCGUUCGACAUCCAUGAAAGGACAACCAAUGAAUGAUGCUAAGAAGUUGGUGCAUAUGGUAUUAGAAAGCCUUCCUCCACAGAGCCGUUAUAACCUUGUCGUUUUUGGAAAUGAUUUCGAUGAGUUAUACCCAACUAGCGUCUUAGCAACUGAUGAGAACAUCAAACACACUGAAUCGUUUUUGAUGACGGUAACUUGGGAGCGUGGAGCUACAGAGGUUUGGAGGCCAUUGAGAGCUAUGUCUCUUCUCUCAUCUAGCGAUGUUCGUCUUACCAGCAACGGAUUUCUUAUCUCUGAUGGCCACGUGACAAAUGAACAAGAUACGCUCUUAGAAGUAGCGAGUAAUCGCCAAAUCAAUCGCCUCUUCACAUUCGGAGUCAGUUCUGAAUCAAACCGUCACGUUUUACGUACUCUAGCUGAUACAGGAGGUGGAGCUUAUGAACAAUUCGAUCCCAGGAGCAAAUCUACUUGGGAAGCAAAGGUUCAAUCACAAGUGAGGCGUUCUUGUCAGCCUGCAGCCACGUCAAUCAAAGUCAACUGGAUCUCAACAAAGGGUGAUGCACCAAUACAUUUGACAAGGAAGGAGAUAGUUCAAGCCCCUUCCCAGAAUGCAUCACUAUUCACAGGAACGCGAUUGGUCCUUUAUGCCAUGGGUCCAGAGGUUUCCAAGGUGGAACUAGAAGCAGAGAUUGAAGGAAGAACUGAAUGUUUUGAAGUAUCAGCCGACGAAACAUCUUCAGCGAAAGGGUUGACUCUACAUCGUUUGGCCACUCGAGGAAUCGUUAGAGACUGGGAGCUUGGUUCUGUCCAUGCAAACAGACUGGAGAAUGAUGCCAUGAUGGAUGAUGUAAGAAUACAUCUUGUUAAACUAGGAGUUGAGUUUAACAUCGUAUCUCCUCUCACCAGCUUUAUCGCCAUAGAGAAGAGAGAUGAGGAGGACGAGAAUAUGGAUACCGACGGACCGUCGCUGACUACUAUCUUAGAAGGAUUGUGGCCAACGUCUUACAACACGAGCUCACCUUGGAUAAUACAGGAUGCAUCAACAGGAAUAGAAACGAGCUGCAGUAUGACCCAAGUGAAUGAGACAUUGACCCGUGCGAGCAGUGCGCAAAGUUCAUUCUCCUUUGUUACUGCUGAACAUCAAUACAAACAAGCUUGGAAACUUGCUACUGAUUCCUUUGAACCACUUCAUCCAGCCGUUCAGAAGGCGUGUCUUGCUUUAGCACAAUUUCAUCUUCGAGUAAAGGGCGAAGUACAAGAGGCACACAAGGUGUUAUUUGAUUGUAUGCACGAGAGCGAUGGACUACCCAAUACUGAUCUCGACCGGAAACUAACUAACAUGGCAAAGAUAUGCAAAAAUCUACUAAACAAGGAAGACCUUAAGACGUGGAAAGACCAAAAGCAAGCGGUGGAAAUGGGAACUUCUAUCAGCACAUGUGAUGAAUUAGAAUCUGAGUCUCUGGUUCUCGAAGAAGAAAUAAUUGUUCCUGAGGAAGAGACUGUUGUCAUGAGUUCCCCUCCUAUAGAUCAAGGUUUAGAAGUCAUAGCCGUGGAGGAGGUGAAAUCUAUGCCAUUAUUUCUCGAGGAAGAAACAUACUACGAAGCUUCAUGUGAUGUCUACGAGACGGUGGAGGAAAUAACAGUUUAUCAUCCAGUAUUAUUGAAAGCAGCUCCAGAGCAGGCAGCCCAAGAGUUACCCAUCAUGCAUGAAAUUAAAUCAGUCAGUAAAGAAUCUUACAUUGCAGAACAUGCUGAGAUAAUCGAAUGUAUCGAGCCAUCAGAAAAAAUGGAGUUACGAGCUGAGUCACCCGUGAUGUUGGAGGCAAGACGAGCUCCUUCACCAGUGAUGUUGGAGGCAAGACGAGCUCCUUCACCAGUGAUGUUGGAGGCAAGACAAGAGCUAUCACCAGUGAUGUUGGUGGCAAGACGAGAGCUAUCACCAGUGAUGUUGGAGGCAAGACGAGAGCCAUCACCAGUGAUGUUGGAGGCAAGACGAGCUCCUUCACCAGUGAUGUUGGAGGCAAGACGAGCUCCUUCACCAGUGAUGUUGGAGGCAAGACGAGAGCUAUCACCGGUGAUGAUGGAGGCAAGACGAGAGCCAUCACCAGUGAUGUUGGAGGCAAGACGGGAGCCAUCACCGGUGAUGUUGGAGGCAAGACGAGCUCCUUCACCAGUGAUGUUACAGCGUGAUGAAUCUCCCGUGCUCAUGAUGCGCGAAUCAGCCAAACUUUCAUACGCAUUGGCAGAACAUGACGAGAGAGUCCAAUUACAGCGUAUUGAGCCAGUAGAAAUGGAGUUACGAGCUGAGUCACCCGUGAUGUUGGAGGCAAGACGAGCUCCUUCACCCGUGAUGAUGGAGGUAAGACGAGAGCCAUCACCAGUGAUGUUGGAGGCAAGACGAGAGCCAUCACCAGUGAUGUUGGAGGCAAGACGAGAGCCAUCACCAGUGAUGUUGGAGGUAAGACGAGCUCCUUCACCCGUGAUGAUGGAGGUAAGACGAGCUCCUUCACCAGUGAUGUUACAGCGUGAUGAAUCUCCCGUGCUCAUGAUGCGUGAGGUUCAAUCAGUCCAGCUCUCAUACGCAACAGCCGUGGCAGAACCUGUUGAGACAGUCCAACUAGAGCUGGAACUACGAGCCAAAUCACCCGUGAUGUUGGACGAAAUACGAACGCCGUCACCGGUGAUGUUACAGCGUGCUGAAUCUCCUGUGUUAAUGAUGCGUGAUGCUCAAUCAGCACAGCUUUCAUAUGAAAUGGCAAAACCUGUUAAGACAGUCCAAUUAGAGCCUAUUGAGUCAGAAGAACUGGAACUACGAGCCGAAUCACCCAUGAUUUUGGAUGCGGUACGACCUGUGUCACCGUUGUUGUUGGAGGCAAGAAGAGCCCCGUCACCAGUGAUGUUGGAAGCAGUCCAAGAAGUGAAAAUGUCACUAGCAAGUGCUGUUGCGGAACCCAUUGAACGACUACAUGUUGAAAGCAGAGAUGAGGAGUUAGAAGAGAUUGAGGUCCGUGCUUCAUUACUUGAUCAGAUAUUUGAGACGGUUCGAUCGACCAAGUUACAUGAUGACGUUCAAGAUCAUGUUGAGAAGCUACGACGGAUGCCUGAUGCCUGUGCUCCCUACAAAUCGUAUCUGGCGACUUCUCCCAAAGACAAAAAAGAUGAGAGUGUGAACGACGAGAAGAAGGUUGAUGGGGUUGUGAAUGAUCAAGAUAAACCAGGAAUUGAAACAAUGAGGCGUUUGCUAAAGAUAUCACAAGAGGAUAAUGACGGAUGGUGGACAUGGAACCUCAACGAUUUGGAGACAGAAUUCGGAGUUGAUUGCAGAGCUAUUACUGCAGCUCUUCAUAACCCUAAAGACAGCUUCUGCUUGGUUGACAGUUUAGUGGACAAAUGGAUGUCAUCGAUGGAUGAAAUCAAGACGAUUGUAGCAUCGGCUCUAGUGCUGUCUAUUUUUGAUACAUGGGUAUCACGGGUAGAAUUCAUGGUUUCUAUACUGAUGAAAGAUGACCCUGAAAUUCUCUUUAUUCCUGCUCAAAUACAAGAGUGGUUUAAGCAUUGCUUACCCAUUGAUGUCAUUCAGUUACACACUAUGGCCUUUGGCGAAUCAUCCACCUGGUCUUCAAUCCUGGAGCGAUUUCCACCUGAUGUCAUCGAGGAUGUUAUACGGCCUAUCAGGAAUUGCAUGAUCAAUACUCGUUAAAACGGAAAACCGGCAUCAUCUUCAAUGUUAAAAAAAAGUUGGUUUUAUUUUAAAGAAAUAUACGACUACCUCUCGCCAUUUUCGAUACACAGUGGUAAAUUUUGACGUUAUAGAUAUAUCUUUCUAUGUGAAUAUGGUGCCUUCAUUGAAUCCAAUUAAUCGUGAAAUGAAAAUGAUCAACCAAUUCCCCAACUAUAUUAUGUACAUGAGAAUACAUGAGCCCGAGGAAAGGGUUGUGUCAGAGGUUUUUUUUCCCCUGUUUGUGAGUAGCUCACGGUGCCCUCUAAAAUACCUUAGUUUGUAAAUUUCACUCGAUUCGAUUGUACGUGUUUAUUUUAUGAUUCUGCAACAUAGCUUCAUGAUUUCAUGUAUGAAUAUCUACAAUCCAGAAUGUGACAUGCCAUUAUUCGUAAAAUAUUACCAGUAUUGAUAUAAUGUACACGUUUAUAAUCAUAAUGUUAAACAAAGGUAAUUGAGAUGGAUCUUGUUUAUAUAUAAUUAAAAAAUAUAAAUUUGUAAGAGUUACAUAUCUUAUCUCCAAGUAAAGUAAAAAAGAUAUUGACAGGUUUUUUUAAUAUCUAAAUUUUAUAUACCCUCACUUGCCAUAUGUAUUUUCCCAUUUAGAUAAUGAAUAACGUUUUACACAUUUUAUUGCAUAUGUAAAGAAGUGAGUUUUAUCUGCUAUGUGGUACAUGAUGUGAUGUCUUUUCAUCACGUACAACUCAUUAACGUGUCAAGAAAGAUUUUUUCAUACCGAAAUUACGGCCACACUGUAUUUGAUUGUAGAGAAAACAACAACACCGCAGCAAUAAAGAAAGUUAAUUUACCCCAAAAAUAAAAGAUUCGUGUAAAUGGUACGAUAUAUUUUUGGCAAAUGAGGGUAUAUUGUUUGUUAAGAGGAACCAUGUCAGUUACACAGCAAAAAACCAAGAGCUAAUUUAGCUCUUAAAGAGCGUAUAUAGUGACUACACUUCGGAGUGCUGAUUUGUCUAGUUCAAAUUUGAACGAGAAAAAUCAGCACUCCGAAGUGCAGUCACUAUACACGCUCUUUAAGAGCUAAAUUAGCUCUUCGUAGCUCUUCGUUUUUUAGAGUAUAUGCAGGAAAAAAUGAAAUAUGCUCACCGUCAAGGAUAGAGAUAAUCAACAAAAUAAACGAAGAAUAUUCCACUUUUACUAGUUUCUUUUGAUCUUC